AAAAGGAAGCUGCCAUUUUGCGAUGAGUUGUCUUCCUUUCAGUUUUUAUUAAUAUAUUUUUUUGUACUCCGUCUUUAGUAGAUAACUCAAAAGACCGACCUGGUUCUAUCAUUUCACUUGUCCCUUAAUCUGUCUCCACAUGCUCAAAAUUCACAGACGUGCGCCUCCUUCAUUUCAUAAUUCACAGUAAUGAUUCUGGAACAUAUAUCCUGACUUGCUCAUUCAUUUUCUCCAGGGUGCCAAGUUCUUUUUGCAGCUGUGCAGUGACCUGAACUUGGGGGAAGGCAUUGAGAAAUGGGUAGAUUUUAUGACUGUAAACCAGUGAUAGCAAUGGUCGGAUUGCAAUUCAUUUAUGCAGGAGUUUCUCUCUUCACAAGAGCCGCUCUGGUGCAAGGAAUGAAUACAAGGGUCUUCGUGGUCUACAGACAAGGAAUAGCAACUCUAAUCAUGGCACCUCUUGCUUAUCUUUCAGUCAGGAGAAAACCUCGUAUGUCUUCUCUGGGGCUAAAGUUCUUUGCUUGGAUAUCCCUUGCCUCUCUUAUCGGAAUAACUGCCAACCAAAAUGCUUAUUUUGAGGGCCUCUUCUUAACCUCUUCAACUGCAACAACUGCAAUGACUAAUCUGAUUCCGGCUAUCACCUUCGUAAUGGCGGCCAUUUUUGGAAUGGAGAAAGUGAAUAUCCGAAACUUGAGAAGUAUUGCUAAGAUUAUUGGCACGGUCAUCUGCGUAACUGGAGCCAUUUCUAUGGCAUUACUCAAAGGCCCUAAGCUAUUAAACUCAAAAUUGUUACCUCCAAUGUCUACCUUAAGCUCUGAAGGUGACAAUUGGUUGUUGGGAUGCAUAUUUCUCUUUGGAUCCAGCUGUUUCUGGUCGUUUUGGAUGAUUUUGCAGGUCCCAAUUUCAGAAAGUUGUCCUGACCACUUAUAUUCAUCUGCCUGGAUGGGUUUCUUGGCUACAAUAGAAUCAGCAAUCAUUGCUCUUUCUUUAGAAAAAAAUGGUGCAGCUUGGAAGUUGAAUUCAUAUCUUGAAAUGGGUUGUUGUUUAUAUGCGGGAGUUGGACUGGCUGUAUCCUUCUUUCUUCAAGCAUGGUGCAUUUCUCAAAGAGGUCCUCUCUUCUCUGCAAUGUUCAAUCCUUUAUGCACUGUUAUAACAGCCAUUAUUGCUGCUAUAUUUCUGCAUGAGGAAACAUAUCUUGGGAGUUUGAUUGGUGCCUUAGCUGUGAUAAUUGGUCUAUAUGUUGUGCUGUGGGGUAAAGCCAAAGACCUUGAAGAAGUUAACAAGGGUACACACUUGAAGCUACAAAAUGAUGGUUCAGGAAUUGUACAAGUGAUAGUAGAUGAUGAAUCUUUUGAGAAGAAGAACUGUAGAGCUGAUUUAGAAGAGCCAUUUAUUUCUCACAAAUCUGCUAAUAUUGAUGAAAAUAGUGUCUUUCCUUGAAUCCUAGACUCUGCUAAUUAUGCACAUCAGCACCCAUUUAAGUCCUGGAACAGAUAGUUUAAGCUUCAAUUUUUAUGAUAGCUUUGUGCUCCCAAGGAUUUUGAGAAGGAAUAAAGAAGAGUUAAAUUGAAAGCUA